GGCCGGGCGUGGGCGGACGCGGCGAUGCUGCGCGCGCUGAGCGCCGUGUGCGCGCGGCCUCCAUGCCGGCCUCCGGCCCUGCCGCUGCUAUCGCCGGCGCGCGGCCGCAAGACCCGCCAUGACCCGCCUGCCAAGUCCAAGAUCGGGCGCGUGAAGAUGCCACCCGCGGUGGACCCGACGGAGUUGUUCGUAGUGACGGAGCGUUACCGGCAGUACCGCCAGACCGUGCGCGCCCUCAGGCAGGAGUUCGCGUGGGAGGUGCGGAGGAAGCUACAGGAGUCCCGAACCGGGGUCCUGGCCGAGCGCAAGGUGCGGGAGGAAGCCGCCGAGCACCAGAGGCUGAUGGCCUGGAACCGGGCGGAGAACCAGCGACUGCAUGAACUGCGGCUUGAGAGACUGCGGCGGGAGGCGCUGGAGCAGGAGCAGCGGCAGGCCGAGGAGCAGGCCCGCCGAGCCCUGGAGGAGCAGGCCCGGAGACAACUCAAGGAGCAAGAAGUGCUGCAGCUUCAGGAAGAGGCAAAAAACUUCAUCACCCGGGAGAACCUGGAAGCACGUAUAGAAGAAGCACUGGACUCCCCAAAGAGCUACAACUGGGCUGUCACCCGAGGCGGGCAGAUGGUCAGGUCGCAGCACAAAGGCUCCUAGGGGCCCAAUAGGGACAGUGUAUACACAGUGUGUGACUGGGAAAACCGGGGGCCUUUAUCAUCGGGCAGCCCUUACCCUGUCACUCAUCACUUGGUGAGAAACUCCCAGGACCAGUGUCCUAUUCUGCCCUCAGGUGCAGUGUCAGGUUCAGCACUAAGCCUAGAGUGGUUUUUGUCUCACAGGGCAGCAUCCCCUCACAUAGCCAGGCCAUCUCUUGAAUGUCAUGAAAUACAUGAGCCACUUGUGACCUGAUAAAAUCAUUGAAGGUCUGCUUUUAUAAAUAAAGAUUUAUUGGAACAC